AUGUCAAAGAUCGAGACGGCUGGUGGUAGCGCCACAAGUACGGAGACAACGGAAGCCAUGAAUAGUGGUGGAAAAUCUGCAAUUGAUAUCAAUGGAAACGUCUGCAAGGUGCCAGAUUUCACCAUUAAGGAUAUACUUGGCGCUAUUCCGGAACACUGCUAUGAAAGAAGACUUUAUGAGAGUUUAUACUAUGUCUUUAGAGACAUCACGUGCGUCGCGUCCAUCGGAGUAUUUGCCAACAAAUAUGCCUAUCCAUUCCUGUUUGACGGUAUUGCUAUCGAUACAAUGUAUACUAAGCUCGCAAAAUUCACUUUCUGGUUUGGAUAUACCUGUAUUCAGGGGUUGUUCUGCACUGGUAUUUGGGUCUUAGCGCACGAGUGUGGUCAUCAAGCAUUUUCUGAUUAUGGGGUGAUCAACGAUUUCGUGGGUUGGUUACUACAUUCGUAUUUGAUGGUGCCAUACUUUUCCUGGAAAUAUUCACAUUCAAAGCAUCAUAAGUCAACCAAUCAUCUUACAAGAGACACAGUUUUCGUACCACCAACUACCGAGCAGUUCAAAAAGAAACGUGGACUCGUGGGCGAUAUGAUAUAUAAUCACAGUGGUGAUUCGCCCAUCAGGACAUUGAUUGAACUUCUGUUGCAGCAAUUGGCCGGUUGGAUUGCAUAUAUUACUACAAACGUCACGGGACAAGACUACCCUGCUGUUGCAGCUUGGAAAUGUAAUCAUUUUUAUCCAACUUCUCCAUUAUUUGAAAAAAAAGAUGUUCUGUACAUCUUCUUGAGUGAUGUGGGUGUCUUGACACAGCUGCUCGUAUUGAAAAUUUGGUACGAUAAAUUUGGUGGCUGGUCAGUUUUCAUCAAUUGGUUCAUACCGUACCUGUGGACAAAUCAUUGGCUUGUCUUUAUCACUUAUUUGCAACAUACAGAUACGGAGGUACCACACUAUGAUGCUGAUGAAUGGACGUUCGCCAAAGGAGCGGCAGCUACAAUUGAUAGAAAAUUUGGAUUUGUUGGUCCAUUCAUGUUUCACGAUAUCAUAGAAACACAUGUUUCACAUCAUUUUUGUUCAAGAAUACCAUUUUACAAUGCGCGCGAUGCGUCGGCGGCUAUCAAAAAAGUAAUGGGAGAACAUUACAAGUCAUCAGAUGAAAAUAUGUGGAAGUCAUUGUGGAAAUCAGCGAAAUCUUGUCAAUAUGUUGAAGGAGACAACGGUGUUCUGAUGUUCAGAAAUAUCAACAAAGUUGGUAUCGAUUUUACAAAUGAUGGUAAUAAUGAUAUUAAAAAGAAUAAAUAA